AUGGGGUCUUCAUCGUUGUUGUUGUUGUCUCCGUCGUUGUUGCCACUAGCUAUUCAGCACUGUACCAGUUCGUCCGACGACGUUCAAAAGUUCCUCGAGAAAGCAAAGGAAGACUUUGAGCGCAAAUGGAACACGCCGAGCACCAACACAGCCUCCCUCGACGAUUACGAGCGGAUCAAAACGCUCGGCACCGGCUCUUUUGGCCGGGUGAUGCUCGUCCAGAGGAAAAGUGGCCCUGAAACCGGGCGACACUUUGCCAUGAAAAUUCUCGAUAAACAAAAGGUCGUCCGUCUGAAGCAAGUCGAGCACACGCUAAAUGAAAAGAAAAUUCUGCAUGCAGUUGAUUUUCCAUUUUUGGUUCACCUCGAUGCACACUUCAAGGACAAUUCAUACCUUUACAUGGUACUUGAGUAUGUACCAGGUGGUGAGAUGUUCUCUCACCUGCGGAAGACAGGCAGAUUUAGUGAACAAAUGGCCCGUUUCUACGCGGCUCAGAUUGUCCUGGCGUUCGAGUACCUUCAUUAUCUCGAUCUCAUAUAUCGUGAUUUGAAACCGGAAAAUCUACUAAUCGAUCAGUCAGGAUAUAUAAAGGUUACUGAUUUUGGGUUUGCAAAACGGGUAAAGGGCCGAACAUGGACUUUGUGUGGAACGCCUGAAUACUUGGCUCCUGAAAUUAUUCUUAGCAAGGGCUACAACAAGGCAGUUGAUUGGUGGGCACUAGGCGUGCUCAUAUACGAAAUGGCAGCUGGAUAUCCGCCUUUCUUCGCCGAUCAGCCCAUUCAAAUUUAUGAGAAGAUCGUCUCAGGCAAAGUUCGAUUUCCGUCGCAUUUUAGCGCCGAGCUGAAGGAACUAUUACGAAACCUACUUCAAGUUGACCUAACCAAAAGAUACGGCAAUCUAAAGAAUGGUGUGAACGACAUCAAGAACCACCGCUGGUUCAGUUCCACCGACUGGAUCGCUAUCUACCAAAAGAAGGUUGAAGCGCCCUUCCUGCCCAAAUGCAAAGGCCCUGGUGACACUAGCAACUUUGACGACUACGAGGAGGAGGCUUUGCGAAUAUCGAGCACUGAAAAGUGCGCCAAGGAGUUUGUUGACUUUUAG